CAUAGCCAAAAGAGGAAGUUUCUUGGUGAGUUGAGUGUGACUGUAAAUCACACCGCUUCUGCCUUAAUUCACUGGGAACAGAUACUAGAGGAUGUCCAGCUCACACUCUCACACUCUCACACACACACAUACUGAUACUAGAGGAUGUCCAGCGACAUUGUGUACUCAAAUGUGAGCUUUAAUGCGAAGAAAUCCAAGUCCGCAUUUGGUGGAGAUGAUGACAGUGAUGACAUCGAUUACACUUUGAUUGACUUCACCACAUCAGGGGACCAGCGGAGAAGGCAAAAUGCUGCACACAGUGAAACCGUCACAUACUCCGCCGUCAAAACCCCUCAAUCAAUCGCCAGCAAGCAGCUAGCGAAAAGAGAGGGGGCAGAGAGCGAUGAUGGGAUCUACUCAAAGAUCAGCCACCCACACAGAGGUGGCUUCUUCAAUCAGUGUUCAGCACAGCACAAUGAGCCUCCUACACACAGUGGACACGUACCUGCAGUCUUCACCGCUCAGAGUGACCCUGUAGCCAUGACGAUGACCCCUGUGAGGGACGAUGACCCCUGUGAGGGACACCAGACAUUUCUGAGACCUACAUUUCUGCUGUUUUUGUCUCUUCUCUUUUUGAGCCUGACGGUCAUUCUGGGAGUGCUCUAUUCAUUGGAGGAAAGGGCCCAUACAGACACUAUGGGAAAAUAUGAGUCUCUUCAGUCCUCACACACUGCUGUCCAGGACCAAUUAUCCCUGAGUCGCAGGGAUCUGUCAGAGGCUCUUGGAAGUGUGAGAGACCUCAACAUCAGCUACGGGAGACUGACUGGAGAGAAAACAUCCUUGGAGAGUCAACUCAAUGGUCUCAACAGAAGCUAUAUCAGGCUCACUGAGCAGAAGAUAUUGAUCCAAAACCAAGUGAAUGGUCUCAACAACAGCUAUAUCAGACUCACUGAGCAGAAGAUAUUGAUCCAAAGCCAGAUGAAUGGUGUGAGCAGGAAUUGGACAAAUGAGAAGAGCAAAAACCACCGACUUUCAAGAGAAAAAGAAGAGAAACAGGGGGAGCUCAGAAACAUUCAGAGCCAACUUGAUCAGCAGACCUUGGACAAUAAGCAGUUAAAACAGGAGCAAAAACAUGCACAGGAGGAACUUCAAAAUACACGAAAGGGCCUUGAUGAACAGAAGACGAACAAUGUUCUUCUCUUCCACAUCAAGGAUAGUAUUGAAGCAGAGCUGAAAUCUCAAGCUACAUCUUUCAAAACCACUGAUGAUGUUCGAAACUGGACAGGAAAGCUGAGCAGUUUACUGCAAGCUUUAGAGAAUGGCUGCUCCUUUGGUUGGGACCCCUUCGGUGGAAAGUGCUACUUAUUCUCCUCGGAGAACAACACCUGGAGCCAGAGCAGUGACGCCUGCAAGGAUAAGGGAGGACAUUUGGUGAUCAUAAACACAACUGAGGAAUGGAGGUUCCUAAAGGAAAAGGCACCUGGGACGAGUGACUCCUUCUAUUGGAUCGGGCUGACCGACUCAGAGGAGGAGGGAAAAUGGCGCUGGGUGGACAACAAAGUCGUUGACCUCAGCCAAGCCCACUGGACGAGUAAGGAGCCUGAUAACUGGACAGACGAGAACCGCAUACCAGAGGGAGAGGACUGUGCCAGAACGAAUGCAAAGGAAGGAAUAUGGCAAGAUGCCUUCUGUGAUAACACAUUUAAGUUUAUCUGUGAAAUGACAGCUGUUGCAAAGUCAUAAAUCAAUCCGUAUACCUUAUUUUUGUAUUCCACGUUAGGUAUUUGUCUUCCCUUUUUCAGUGUUCAAGAAUGUUUUUGUAUAAAACAGCUAGUUAGGGAAUGUCUUUUCAAAAAUAGGUCUAUACACACGUUUGUAUUAUUCUGUCAAUAAUUGUUUACUUGCCUUAUAUGUUUUCUUGUAUUACAAUUUUAAUUUUAUUUUUUUUCAAAAUGCAAUUACACAUGUCCAUCAUCAUAGACUGCCACUGAUGCAUCCAGAGCAGGCUACAUGACCUAUGACCACAGUAAUGACAAUAGUCCUAUUCACAUGGGGGCGACAGUGGUACAGGAGGUAAAGAAGUAAUUUAGUAAUCAGAAGGUUGCUAGUUCGAUUCCCUGUCGAAGCGUCGAGGCGUUGAGCAAGACACUGAACCCCUAAUUGCUCCUGAUGUGCACUGUGCCAUCAGUGUGAAUGUAAAAUGUGUAUACAUUGUAAGUCGCACAUAUGUAAGUCGCUUUGGAUAAAAGUGUCUGCUAAAUGACUAAAUGUAAUGUAAAUAUUACACCCUGUUGGCAUAUGAGUCCCCUACUGUCAAGUGAAGCAUGUAUAUACUGAGUUCUAUAUAGCAGUCCAAAUGGGAAACAAAAUGCUUUUUUGCUUGUCUAUGACUUCACCAAAAGCUUUGGUGAUGCUUUGAUCUCUUCAAAUGCUUAUUAAAGACCAGUAUGUUUCAGUCAUGGCUCCCGUAUUGAAUCAUUACCCUCCACUAUAAGGAGACAUCCCCAAGCAAGGGAUCACUCAUG